AUGUCCGAGCCUAAGCCAUUACCCUUUAUUUAUCAGUUCGCUUCUGGUGCCAUUGCUGGUGUCUCCGAAAUCUUGGUGAUGUACCCAUUAGAUGUCGUGAAGACCAGACAGCAAUUGGCUACCACCAGUGACUACAAUGGUACCAUCCGUUGUUUGAAGAAGAUUGUUGCUGAGGAGGGUGUUUCCCGGUUGUACAAGGGUAUCAGUGCUCCAAUUUUGAUGGAAGCUCCAAAGAGAGCCAUCAAAUUCGCAGCCAAUGACGAGUGGGGAAAGUUCUACAGAAAGGCAUUCGACAUUCCUGUCAUGACUCAAUCCUUGGCUAUCUUAACCGGUGCUACCGCUGGUGCCACUGAGUCCUUCGUGGUUGUGCCUUUCGAGUUGGUCAAGAUUCAGUUGCAGGACAAGACUUCUAAGUUCAAUGGCAUGGGUGAAGUUGUGAAGCACAUCGUUAAGACUGGUGGCCCUCUUGGCUUGUAUAAGGGUUUGGAGUCCACAAUGUGGAGACACGUUUCAUGGAACGCUGGUUACUUCGGAUUGAUCCACCAGGUUAGAACCUUGAUGCCUAAGCCAAAGACCUCGACUGAAAAGACCCUUAUUGACUUGACAUGUGGUACCAUCGGUGGAACUUUUGGUACCAUGUUGAACACCCCAUUCGAUGUUGUUAAAUCUAGAAUCCAAGCUGGUUCCACCAAGUACAAGUGGACAUUGCCCUCUAUUGCUACCGUUGCCAAGGAAGAAGGAAUGGGCGCAUUGUACAAGGGUUUCGUACCAAAGGUGUUGAGAUUGGGUCCUGGUGGAGGUAUCCUCUUGGUGGUGUUCACCACUUGUAUGGACUUUUUCAGAUCGAUCCAAAAGGACUGA